AUGUCGCUUCCACUUGAUCGCAAGUACUAUGCAAAGGCAUCAGUGUUGAGCUCUGUUCCCAAUCCCAGACUUGAAGACUCAAAGAGGAAGAUGACCGAGUCUGCAAGGAGCUUCAAAGAGACUCGACGACGGUUGUCCAUAUUGAAAGGGGAAAAGCAGGUUGCAUCCGUCGAUCAGGUUAUCGAAAAGAAGGCAAUCAAAGCCAUACACGUCAAUGACGACGACGUAGACGCUUGGAACCAUAGCCUGCGGGCCGAGCCGUCACUUGGAAACUUUACAGUGGUAAGCGCCGACGACUACGAAGAUGAGCAUACAGUCCCUUGCGGUAAUCCCGAUUGUAACCGCUGUGACCUGUUGUCAGUUGUUUCGGAUUUUGACGACGAGGAAGAUGGAGAGCUCCUCAAACCUACAACACGAUUGACCGGUGCGGUGUCCUUGUCGCAACAAAGAGUUGAUGGGGCGAUGAAGACUCAACAAAGAGCCAAGACGGCAAGACAACAAGAGAUGCAUGGACUAGGCCCGUUCUCUCUUACGACCCAAGAGGAGUCGCUCGGUGCGUAUAUGAAGUCAUAUUCAAAGCAGGGCCAGUCUUUUCAUAACACCAGUCCCAAUCCAAAGUGUCUCCAGCCUGCAUUUAUUCAGGACGAUGAAAGUAUCGCGGCCGCAUAUCCAUUCGACGGAGAAGAGUCAAUCAAGAGCCCCAUUGACAGAGUUAUCGAUACGCUCAAGUACAGCCCGCAGGUCGUAGAUGCUCGGGGGAGGCGAUUGUCAUUGUCUCAUAUCAAAGCAUUCAAAGACAACCAGGUGGAUAUCAUUCAGGACAAGACGUCUGGCACGGAUUCACUUCGUGAACAAAAGACCGAAGCGGCUCACAGAAUUGCUACUGCGCAGACGGCGAAUAUAGAGGAUUGUAGAGAGGACGGCGCGACUUCAUUGGAAACAAAAGAACCCCGGCAAACCAUUAGGCCACACAGGUCUCUCCAUAGGACACCUUCUGUGCGUCAUUCUAAUUCUCAAUCAUCAAGCCGGGCCAAGUCCCCAUGUCCUCCUGCUGUUUCGCCAACGGCCCCAUCAGACCAGAGACAGUCAUUCAGCGAGCACAUGGCGAAGCGAGACCGGGGCAUAGAGCGAGCUCCACCACGGUUUUCCAAGCAAUCGACAACAGACGAGCACGGCGAACCGCGAUUCGGCAAGGGAUCACGGCCGCCGGUCAGCUACAGAGCUUCUGGUAUAUAG